AUGCUAUUUAAAUCGUGGGCUGAAGCGCCAAACCCUCGCCAUACGUUCGACGAUGAACCUGAUUCGCCGCCGUUGGUGCCUCAAGUGGAGACUUCAUUGAGCACAUCAAGUCUUCCAGAGACCAUCGUGGUUGUACCUAAAAACAUAGGUAUUGUGAUUGAAACGAUUCCUGAAAAGAACAUAGUGGGCCAUAUUGCCGUGGAGUACCCACAAUUGAGUGAAAUAGUGCCUACGGAGGAGUACGACGAAGACUCCCAGCUUUACUCGGCUGUGAACCUUGAGGCGCUACAAAGACGGUUCAAGGCUGAAAAGAUUCCUAUUUAUGCAUUUGGCAAGUCAGGCACGGGCUUUGCCAUUGUGGUUCCACACUUCAUGAACCCAAUUGCUGAAAAUAAGGUGGCUAGCGAGAUCGCUAAGCUUGGGACGACCAUUACAUCGUGGAUAGCAUUGGCGCCUUCGCCGCUCAAUAACGGCACGUCCGUGUGUAAAUUGGACAUUUCGCUGUCCACAGAUGCAUCUUUUGAAGGCGUUCCCAAGAUCAAGCCGCCUCAUUAUAUAACAGGCAUAGUGGCGGCUGUCACUUCUCGGUUGUUCCAGAAUCGCCAGCUAGGCAGUGCUUCUGUGUUGGUGCUUAACGCUGAGGGCCACCUGGGUUUCGAAAAAGUCGACGCUGAUCUGGUCAUGGACGCUGCUGAGCUUGUAGGUCGCUACCUCGUCGGUAAACAGAACAAGGCGUCUUACCUCAAACUGCUUAGCGCCCAUGUCCGCAAGAUCAACUCGGGUCUUACGCUGGGAAUGUAUUUAUAA